AUGGUGCAUAUACCGAGCGCGUACACCUACAACUUCUGGUCGGAGAAGCCGGAGCCCGCAGUGGUGGAAAUUACGUUCCUGAUGCCAAAUGGUGUUGUCAUACCGGUAGAGAUCAAUCGCAAUAGUACCGUGACUGAGAUCAAAGAGGAACUCUGGGAGGAGGCUAGUAAAUAUCCUCUCCAUGGGACACUGAAAGACGCACCGUCGUACGUGUUCUCGUGCAUCAACUCGAACGCCGAGGUAGAAGAAUUGCGCGAUGAAACAAGACGUCUCUGUGAUAUAAGGCCCUUUUGUGCGAUAUUAAAGGUUAUAGAGCGCGAAGGUAUAAAGAGCGAUAGGAAUUUAGACUCGCAAAUCGGCCUCUUGAUCGGCAAGGGCUUGCACGAAUUCGCCGCCUUAAAGAAUUCCGAGGUGAACGACUUCCGAUGGAAGAUGCGCCUCUUGGGGGACGAGAUGGCGUUAGAUAGACAGAAGAAAUCCUGGGUGGAGAAGGUGCAGUAUCAGUUCCCGUCGAGGAUAGCACCUACGCCCGCUGUACCUAAGAAUAUCGAGAGUCGCUUGAAGGAUGGGAAUAUCGUCCUGGUCACGAUUAAAUUCGAAAAUUCUGAUACAGCGUUCACCUUUCAAAUACCAGACAGCACUACGCCGUACCAAUUGCUCGGACUGAUCCUGAACAAAAGGGCGAAUACUCUUAAUACUCGCGGCGAACACCCCAACGACUUUACGCUUAAGGUUUGCGGUCAAGAGGAAUACUUGAUCGGCGAACUUCCGCUUAUACAGUUUAGUUAUAUUCAAGAUUGUCUAGCGAAAGACAUCACACCGACGUUGGUUACGCUCAGCAUACAGAGCAUACCCGUGGACCAAGAUAACGCCUACGACAAUCCAGAUGCGGACACGUUGCAGCGCACAAGGCCGUCUUUUUCUACGCUCACGUUGCGCAAGAAAGGCAAGCAUAUCUCGGCGUGGAAAAUCGACGAUUCCUUUUUCUUCACCGUAAACGGUAUUUCUCGGCUUAACUGCGACGCAGUUCAUCGUACCGUAGAGAUCGGACUGCAAGCCGGCCUUUUUCACGGUGGAAAAUCUCUCUGUGAGAGUAAGAAAACCAGGGAAAUCGCUGUGAGUCUCGACGGUAGUUGCGAGUGGGAGGAGGUUCUCAGAUUUGACAUUAAAGUGCGGGAUAUACCGCGAAUGGCACGGUUGUGCUUCGUGCUGUACGAAAUCAGCAAGACUGCGAAGGGCUUGAAGAGCAGGAAGUUAGUCAAAGAUUCGAAGCAGGAGUUCUUCAUCAAUCCUUUGUGUUGGGCAAACACGACGAUAUACGAUUUCAAGUGCCAGUUGAAAACCGGCGCGAUGACCUUGUAUACGUGGACGUACGCGGAAGAUAUGCAAAAUGACGACUUGCUGCAUCCACUCGGGACGGUGGUUUCUAAUCCGCACAUAGACAGAGCAGCUGCUCUCAUGCUGACGUUUCCAAAUUAUGGAAAGGACAAGUGCGUUCUUUACCCCACCCUGGAAAAGAUGGUCGAGUACGCUCGAAAAUUGCGGGAAUCGUCUAACGAACGCUCAGUCGUAGAGGAAUUGAAUAAGGACGACGUCAGCCAACAACAGCUGGAACAGCUGAGAUUACUGGCCGACAGAGAUCCGCUACACGAGUUGCACGAACAGGAGAAGAAAAAUAUGUGGUCGUUGAGACACCAUUGUCUGCGCGAGAUCCCGACGCUCUUAGCCAAGCUGUUGCAAUGCGUGGAAUGGAACGAUCACAGAGAAGUCGCGGAGGCGAUGGCGCUUAUACAGCAGUGGCCGACGUUGCCGGUGGAAAAAGCUCUGGAGUUACUGGACUACGCUUACGCCGAUCAGAAUGUCAGGAAUUUCGCAGUUGGUUGUCUGUAUAACGUCACCGACGACGACCUCAGCCUUUACCUGCUACAGUUAGCUCAAGCCUUGAAGCAUGAGAAUUACUUGGCGUGCGAUCUGACGGAAUUUCUCCUAAGACGUGCGCUGAAAAAUCAGAGGAUAGGCCACUUCUUAUUCUGGCAUCUCAGGUCAGAGAUGCAAGUUGGCGCGGUGUCCGUUCGUUUCGGUCUCAUAUUAGAGGCGUACUGCAGAGGCAGUCAGCAGCACAUGCGAUCGUUGUUCAAGCAGAUGAAAUGUCUGGACAAAUUGAGGAACGCCUCGGAGCAAGCGAAACAGAGGAAGGAUCGUAAAGCGACUCUUCAAGGCUUCCAAGACUUCAUCCAAGAACCACACUGCCAAGAAGCGAUGUCCGACAUUCUCAACCCCCUCGAUCCGAGCUUCAGAUGGAAUCGCAUCAAAAUCGAGAAGUGCCGAGUGAUGGACAGUAAGAUGCGACCGCUCUGGUUAGUCUUCGAGAAUAGCGAUCCCUUCGGCGACGAUAUCUACUUAAUUUUCAAGCACGGCGACGACCUCAGGCAAGACAUGCUGACGCUUCAAAUGCUACGCAUCAUGGAUAAGCUGUGGAAGAAGGAGGGCUUGGACUUACGUAUGAACCCGUACGGUUGCAUAUCCACGGAGAGCCGGGUCGGUAUGAUAGAGGUGGUCUUGAACGCGGAGACGAUCGCGAAUAUUCAGAAGGAAAAGGGCACGUUCUCUGCGACGGCGGCCUUCAGGAGAGGUUCCUUAUUGGCUUGGCUGAAAGAUCACAAUCAUUCGGAAACGGCGUUGAACAAGGCUAUCGAGGAGUUCACUCUGAGUUGUGCCGGCUACUGCGUCGCGACCUACGUUCUCGGGAUAGCCGACAGGCAUUCCGACAAUAUAAUGGUGAAGAAGACCGGACAGCUGUUUCACGUCGACUUCGGCCAUAUAUUGGGCCACUUCAAGGAGAAGUUCGGAUUUCGACGUGAACGCGUACCCUUCGUUCUGACCAAUGACUUCGUGCACGUCAUAAAUAAAGGCCAGACGAAGAAGGGCCACGCGGUCGAGUUUCAAAGAUUUCAAAGUCACUGCGAACAAGCCUUCCUCGUCCUGCGGCAACACGGUGGACUCAUACUGUCUUUAUUCGCCAUGAUGAUAUCUACCGGGCUGCCUGAACUCUCGUCAGAGAAAGAUCUGAAUUAUCUCAGAGAUACUUUGGUCCUAGAGAUGUCCGAGAGCGAAGCACAAAAACACUUUAGAAGUAAGUUCGACGAGGCCCUCUGUAACUCGUGGAAAACAUCGUUAAAUUGGGCGUCGCACAAUAUGUCCAAGAACAAUAAGACGACGUGAACACCAAUAAUCGUAAUCGCACAAUGCGACGAUAUAGGUUAAUUUCCGACUCAAGGGUCUACGCGUACGCUCUUGAGACGUGGAGCGAGUUGCCUGUAAAUAAGCAAGCCACGACAUAGCCGUGAGGCGGCUUGCGGCGUAGAACAAAAGCCGUCGUUUUCGCUACGGUCGAUCGUCGUCGUCGUCGUCAGGGAAUUCGGCGGCUGUAACCAGUAUACUAUUAAGACUGCAUAAAGAAAAGAAACGAGCGAUCGUCACCAGCGUCAACGGACGUCGCGUCUGCCGGUGCUAUCGUGGGUGUGAUCUAGAGAAAUAGUAGGUCUAAUAUAUGCGAUAGACUCGUACGCUCACUUUCAAUACGGCUUGAACUCUCUCUCUCUCUCAUUCUUCUCGAGAACUUCGAGGGAACUUCACUUUUUUCGGGAAUUAAUCAAAAAACGAGUUCUCUCGAGUUGGACCAUCGUGGCUACGUUUCGAACUGAUAAAAACACAAACAGUUCAAAUCAUAUUGAAAGCGAACGUACACCUUUUUCGGAGUUCUUUAGCCGCGGGGCGAGCAGUCUAGGUGCCUACGUUCACAGUGUAGUACAUUUCUCAACGAUAUGUGGACGUACGGUACAUAUCAUCGAAAAAGAUUCGGCGCGUUUUCACUUCUCAGUUCCUGACAGCACUCGGGAAUACCAUCGAGUCGUUUCUCACUUGAGAAUUCGCUCCCUCACGAUAACUUGAGGCACGAUCAAACGAUACGUCGAAACGAUUUUUGCAAUGAUACUUCGAGUGAGUCCACGGUGAUGAACGCACAGUGGAGCACCGUCGUUAAAUCGCGAGAAUCUUACUGCCUUCUCUCGAGCAGAUCACUUUACGAUGACAUGAUAAAAGGAAACCGGCCUGGAUUGGUGUCCCCCUACGCCGUAGAUACUCUCUUGUCUCACAUCACGUAUUCCAACGGAUCAAUCUGUCGAAUGUAAUGGGCGGAUAAAUGCACCGCGACAUUAUUUAACAGUGCGGUCGGCGUCAUGUAUACGCUGUACGUUCCUCAGAUCGAAAAUUACGCGAUCUUCAGCCGUGCACAUGUACACGGUGUCACUGUGAGGUGAAUCAAAAUUGAAAUCGAAAUUAUAUUUUGAAAUGAGGAGGCUCUCUCUCUCUCUCUCUCUCUCUCUCUCUCACACGUACUCUUUGCGCACUCGCUUUGCUUUAGAUAUUUUACUGUCACACACACACACACAUACAUAUACACAUUAGAACAUACUUGUGAUAUUUUUUUCCUACAUAAGGUCAACAUCGUUAUAAUUAGAUCCAUUAUAAUUCUGUAAUUAUAAUUGGAAAUGCGAUUUUCGACCUUAUGGAUCAAGCGUAUAAGACUGAAAAUCGUGAUUCUAGGGAUUGGUACAGCAUAUGUGACGACGCCGACACGUGCUAAGCGAAGAGGAGUUCGGCGGUUGUUGAACAGUAGCGGAUAAUAUAACGCUUGAUUCCCCGCACACCAUCGGUGAUGACAGUGUGAUAAUCCAAAGCAAUAUUUAUCUCGCGAAGCUACACGCAGUCGACAUCCUCCCCCUCCCCCUCGGUAAAAAGUAUCAGCGAUCGAGAGCGCGAUCGGCGGGAGCUCGAUCGAAAGUGGUAAACGUUAUCGGUUUCUCUCAUUGCAAACGAACGCGAUUGUGAAGCGAACACUCCUGUGAAGUGUAAACUAAUCACCAAUUCGUAUAGAUAUGCCUACCCUAACCGAGAAUAUUUUUCUUACAUGACGUGUAUGUGUAUAUGUACGAAGGUUCAUGUCUUAUUUAAUAGAAGAACAACAUUUUCAUGCUAGUGACGCGCCGGGAUUUUCUAUUAUAUUAUCGUUAUCACGCGCGCUAUGCAAUUUUUCCGUAUUAGCGAUAGGUCGAAUUAGUAGAGCCCAUGAUAUAUCAGCGCUCUCCUACGAAAAAAGAAAGAAGAAACAUACGCUUUUUAAAAGAAAAGGAAAAAAAAGACGACUCUCGAUCAAACACACACGCGCGCGCGCUCACAUGUAAGAUAAGGUAAUGAUCUCUAAUUACGCAUUACAUAGGAGAAGUAAAUAAUGUUGCGGACUCCUAUUACAUAGGAGAAGUAAAUAAUGGUGCGCCAACGCGCUGCAUUCGUAUCAUCUUACUGCGUCAUUCGUGUAUGAAAAAAGGGGAAAAAAAGACGAAAAUUGUUCGGUGGGACGAAAACUUUAUAUAUAAUAUUAUAUAUGUACGUAUGUAAUGUAUACACACGCACACACACACAUAUGCGUAUCCCCAUCUCGAAAAGUCUCGUGCGAAUUUUCGUAUCUCGCGUUGCGCUCGAUUCCACGAAUGGAUCUGUGAGACCCCACGCCUGCACGGAUAGGGUUGCGAAUGUCAACCGGGGAACCAACAGACAGAGAGAGAGAGAGAGAGAGAGAGAGAGAGAGAGGGAGGGAGAGGGUCACGUCGCGGCAUACAUACAUAUCCACACGUAUCACGACACAUACACACACACACACACACACGCGCGCAUGCACGCACAUAUAUCAUGGGCACGGUGGUUUAUGCACCGCAUCACGCACAUUUUGAGAUAGGCGUUCGCGCGCGUUCUCGCGUUGCACGAGUCGUCGUCGUCAUCGUCGUCGUACGAGGAGGAGGACGAUAUUGGGCUGUUCGUGCGAUCUCAUCGAACGUGUUUUUCACUAUCGGGCAAUAAUCGCGCGCCGCUUUCACCACCGUUUCCUUUCUACCGAGUCGAGUCAUUUUUAUCGUUUUUUUUUCUCUCUCUCGCAGCGAUAUCGAAAUAUGUAAUUUUGUACAAUGCAUACGUAGGUCUGUAUCGGUCAGUGUCUGUUGUAAAUAAAGUUGUCAAUUUCGAAA